AUGCCACGAGAAAGAGAGCAAUCAAGUACACCGCCAACGACAUCGACAAGAGAAGGGCAAAGUCCAAGUCCAACGGCCUCGUCUUCAUCCUCGCCUUCGACACCGCGAGCCUCGUCGUUCAGAACACCACAACCUUCAACGUCAGCAGAAGCAGCGAGUUCAGACGAGCCAUCAUCACCCUCUCCGCCACCGUCCUCAUCGUCACCAUCGAAACCGUCAACACCGCAAUCGCCAGUAGCCCAACCGUCAACGCCGCAAUCACCACCAGCGCAACCGUCAACACCGCAACCGCCAACACCGCAACCCUCCUCCUCAACAAUGCCGCACCCCCUCCCACCGACAGCCUCCCUCAAAACCCCCGACCAAAUCGCCACCCACCUCGAAUCCCUCGUCCGCACCCUCCUAACCGCCAUAAACACCCGCACCCUAACCCCCUCCCACCCCCUCACAACCACCACCCUCUCCCCAACCCUCCACCUAACAACAGACUGCAUGCCACCCACAACCUCCCUGCAAACGUCCCUCGCCGCCCUAACGUUCCUCCUCCGCCGCCACCCGCACCACCACAUGCAUCUGUCGAGCGUCAAAGGCAACGUCGUCAACAUCAAGGCCGGGUAUGCGGAUGUUUAUUGCAGGGUGAGUGUGACGGGUGUGCCGAAGGAGGGGUUCAGGGGGAUGAUGGUUGUUGUGGUGGAAUUUCGGCUCGAAGGCGGUGCGGGAGGGGUUGGCAGGUGGAGGUGUGUGAAGGUUACGGGGAUUAGGGGGUUGCCGGAUGGGAGUGGGGGUGGGACGCCGACGGGGGAUGGGCCGGGGGGUGGGAGUGGGAGUUUUGGUUGGUAG